UCGACCAAACGGAUCUUCCAAUAUGAAAUACAUAGGCCUAGAGUAUAAAAUUAGUUCUCCAGACAUAGAGCAAAUCUAAUCAAUUUUAAUAAACUUUAAAAAAUAAGUAGGCCUAAUAAGUUCAGCCCAUGAACAAAAGUAAAUGGAUCUACAUUUUCAAUAAUUACUAUUCAAACUGGAAAAAUAUUAGAAAUUCUACAGAACAUUACUAGAAUCUAUAAUUUUACGCGGUGAAAUGGGAAAGAACGACCAUGAUAAUCAGCAAGUCGAAAUUGGCUUAUCAGAAGCGGAAGAUGUAAGAUCCAGAAACAUUCGAAUUAUUUUUCCAAACCAAGAAGAAAAAAGGCGAAAUGUUUUUCUUCUUGAGACUCCUCAAAAUCUUAUAGAGAGCUACUAUGGCAUAGGUCGAGACAAAUGCUAUUCUGUUCUGUUGUGUUUGCCUUUAGAGAAUGAAGUCAAAGUCUCAAUGUCUGCUGACUUUAGCGAAUAUUUUGACCAAAUAGAAAGCAUUAAAAUAGUGCCAACUGUAUACGCCGAGACCAAUCCUCCAAUUACAUAUGAUCUUGACAGUGUUAUUAAAUACAAGAAUGUAUAAACAACAUCUACCAGCUUUGUACAGUGCCAAGGAUAAAAAAUGACUUGGUUAAGAAAUACAAAAAAGAACGAACACAGACUUAGUUAAUAACAUUAUAGAUGUAUAGACUGGAUAAGGACUGGAUAGACUGGAUAAGGUUUAAAUGUCAUCAAUGAAUAAUUUUUUGGUACUUGGGAAAGAACUUAUUUUGUUCUUGGCCUACUCUAUACUAUUGGUUAAAAAUGACUAACCAAAAAAUAUAAUGAGAUUUCCUGUCUACUGUGAUAAAAUACUGGACCUACUAUGAUAAAACACUAUUAGAUGUCUUCAUGAAAGUUACUUUAAAAAAGUAAACAAAAUCGUAUUGUAAAAGAUGUGAUUAAAACAAGUCUUUACAUUAAUGAACAAUUUUAUUGUUACUGUCUUUUAAUUUGAAGCUCCUGUGUGUAAUUUAACCCUACACAAGUAAUAGGCCUACUCUUAUUGUGUAACGAGGACAAUAGCAUUUGGUGCCUUCAAUUCAUAAUAUAUCAUAAAAGAAAGCAACACUUAAGAUUCUAGUAGAGUAGUCUCCCGAUCGGGUCUCAAACAAGGAAAUCCAAUGCCGAACUGGAAGUCAAACACUUCGUGAGGUUGUGACAGAGCGUCGCAUGAGGUUUGUGGGACAUGUUCUCCGACAAAAUGAAUUAGGUCUACACAUACCAAGAGUUAUCUUAUCUUAUAUAAUACAGACGUUACUUCAUAAAAGAAGAUGAUUACCAUGCAGUCAUGCAUAUACCAAUGACUUCAAUUCUGCCAAGUCACUGGUUUUCCUGGCUAGCUCAGGCAACUCAUUCCAUGUUCUAAUAGCACUAGGGAAGAAGGAGUAUUUGUACAAAUUAGUCUUAGCAUAUGGGAUGAGGAAUUUACUUUCAUCUUUGUGUCUUUCUGAGUAUUUUUAUUAAAUUUUGUUUUUGUAUUUGAA